UCUCACACGCUUUCCUCUUCCUCUCUGUCCUCCCUUCGUCUCCCUUUCCGUCUCGUGCCUCCAUCGUGCUGGUGUCGCCCACUUCGUCCCUCUCUUCUCUUCGUCGCCUCGCGAUCUCUUCUCGGCUCGCUUCGGGCCUGCAAUCUAUCGGAUUUACUGAAGCUCGGAACUGAAGAGCUCGCGUCGCCGAGGCGGGAGAUCCGGCGGCGGAGUCGCGAUCGAGAACGUGCGGAGAUGUUUCGUGAUGCUGCAUGCGAAUGGGACAUGGCGAGUGUAUUCUCUUCCAGGAAGGUGGUUUCAUGACGGGGGAGCUCGAGCUGGAUUGGAUUUUCGAGCUGUGAGAGAAUCUCGGUGUCUUUGGAGGAGGAGCAAGCAGAAGGUUUGGCGGCGCUUCCAGGGGGCAAUUAUCGCGCGAAUUCACUAUGUAUUUCACCAAGCUCGACGAUUCCCCAAUGUUUCGGAAGCAGAUUCAAUCACUUGAAGAAAGUGCAGAAUCAUUGAGGGAGAGAUGCAUUAAGUUUUAUAAAGGAUGUCGAAAAUAUACAGAAGGACUAGGAGAAGGAUAUGAUGGGGACAUUGCUUUUGCAAGCUCUCUCGAAAUGUUUGGAGGAGGGCAUAAUGAUCCCAUCAGUGUGGCUUUUGGAGGGCCUGUUAUGACCAAAUUUACAAUUGCUUUGAGAGAGAUAGGAACCUACAAAGAGGUUUUACGUUCACAGGUUGAACAUAUCUUAAAUGAUAGGUUGCUCCAAUUUGUGGAGAUGGAUUUGCAUGAUGUUAAGGAAGCUCGCAAACGGUUUGAUAAGGCUAGCAUCCUAUAUGAUCAGGCACGUGAAAAGUACCUAUCCCUGAAGAAAAGCACAAGAGCAGAAGUAGCAACAGUCUUAGAGGAUGAGCUCUACAGUGCGAGAUCUUCAUUUGAACAAGCCCGUUUUAAUUUGGUUACUGCUAUUUCUAACACAGAGGCAAAGAAGCGAUAUGAGUUUUUGGAGGCUGUUAGUGGAACUAUGGAUGCCCAUCUUCGUUACUUCAAGCAAGGAUACGAGCUACUUCACCAGAUGGAGCCAUAUAUCCACCAGGUAUUGGCUUAUGCACAGCAAUCAAGGGAGAGAUCCAACUAUGAACAAGCAGGACUUACAGAAAGGAUGCAGGAGUUCAAAAGACAGAUUGACCGUGAAAGUAGAUGGUUGUCAAAUGAGUCACAUGAUUCUCCUAAUGGAGAUGGUAUACAAGCCAUUGGAAGGAGUUCCCAUAAAAUGAUAGAAGCAGUGAUGCAAUCAGCUGCAAAUGGGAAGGUUCAGACCAUUAGACAAGGUUAUCUCUCGAAGCGUUCAUCAAACUUACGAGGUGACUGGAAGAGAAGAUUUUUUGUUCUUGAUAGUCGAGGCAUGUUAUACUAUUAUCGCAAGCAAUGGAACAGAUCUACUGGAAGUAACCAUUGUACUUUGAGAGGUCAGAACUCAUCGGAUCAUGGUUCUGGAUUACUGAGUCGUUGGUUUUCUUCUCAUCAUCAUGGCGGAGUGCAUGAUGAAAAGUCUGUUGCACGCCAUACUGUCAACCUGCUAACUUCAACAAUAAAAGUUGAUGCAGAGCAGUCAGACCUUCGCUUCUGCUUCAGGAUCAUUUCUCCAACAAAGAAUUACACCUUACAGGCUGAGAGCGCCAUGGAUCAGAUGGAUUGGAUUGAAAAAAUAACCGGUGUCAUUGCUUCUCUUCUAAGCUCUCAGUCACCUGAUCAGCGUCUUACAAGCCCCUCAAGUGGUGGCCAUUAUAGAGCACCGAGUGAAAGUAGCUCAUUCAGCAGCUCAACUGAUCUUGACCAGUUGGUCAAUGAAGAUUCAUCAAUUCAAAAGAGCAGUUUUAGUAGCCAUCAUGAUCGUUCUAUCAGAAGCUCGCAGCAACAUAGAUUCAACUCGAAGCAUGAGAAACCAAUUGAUGCACUGCAGAAAGUGUGUGGUAACAGCAUGUGUGCUGAUUGUGGAGCUGCUGAACCUGACUGGGCAUCCCUGAACCUUGGAGUUCUUCUUUGCAUUGAGUGCUCGGGAGUUCACCGGAAUCUUGGGGUGCAUAUUUCGAAGGUGAGAUCUCUAACACUUGAUGUCAGAGUGUGGGAGCCUUCUGUUAUCAAUCUCUUUCAGUCAUUGGGUAACACAUUUGCAAACUCCAUCUGGGAGAAAUCUUUACCAUUGACAAGUAAUGGGAACUUAGAGGAUGUCUCUAGUUUUUGCGUGCUUAACAAAAAUCAAGAGCAUUCCUCUAUGAACAAGCCUAAACAUUCAGAUCCAAUUACAGUGAAAGAAAAGUUCAUUCAGGCAAAGUAUGCAGAUAAGCUUUUUGUUCAAAAAACAGCAGGAGAUCAGAUUUCAGUUGCACAACAGAUGUGGGACAGUGUCUGUGCUAAUGACAAGAAAGCAGUCUAUCACCAUAUCGUGGCUUCAGAUGCUGGUGUGCAUAUUGUUUAUGGUUCGGCAUCUGCAAAUUCUUCUUUGACUCUAGCAAAAGCUAUGCUUCUACAAGAUCAACCAACUGCUGUGCUAGAUCGUAGUUCAAGCUGCUUAUUAAGUGAUACCUUGCAUAAGUCUUCUACUAUGUCUUCUAUUAGCUCAGCAGGCAAUAGUGACAACAGAUAUGAAUUGAAUGAAUGCUUUGAAGGAUUCACUUUACUUCAUCUUGCUUGCCUAACUUCAGAUAUGGGCAUGGUAGAACUCCUCCUACAGUAUGGUGCUAAUGUUAAUUCCACUGAUGUAAAGGGGAGGACACCGCUUCACCAUUGUAUUCUCAGAGGCAGACAUUUAUUAGCCAAAUUACUACUGACAAGGGGAGCUGAUCCACACGCUAUGGACGAAGAUGGUAAAACUCCCCUUCAGUAUGCACUUGAAGCUGGCAACCUUGAUGACGAUGAGAUACUUAUACUCCUGGAGGACCCUAACAGAUAGCAAUCUCAUGUCCAAGCUGUCAGAAAGCCGAGAACCACAAAGAUCUUUCUUUGAACGGUGCCAAUGGAAGGGUCAAGCAGUUGUGAACUGCAACUUUAGAUAUUUCUUCAAGUAUUGCAGCUAAAUCACCCCUCAGAGUGGAUCAGAUGGAUUAUUCCUCAUACCAGAAGAUGCUUGCACAUUCUUUUAGCUCGCCCCUUGUUCUUCAUGGUAGGUAUUCUGCAACAGACAGGUAUUUGUCGGGUUGGGUAGUGCUCGUAUGUGAAUGGGUGAUGUUGGUUUUCUGUGCAUUUUCUUCGUGUUUGUUUUCGAUUAACUUGUUCGUCCUUAUUUAUAAAAUAUAUUUGUUGAUCCUCCCAGGUAUUAAAUAUCAUUUUGACUGAUGAGCUUUGUAUA